AGCCAAUCUCGCCCUGAUCGCUCCCACCGCCUCCCGUACUUGCGUGAACGUGGAGCCAAGAGGCAUUGCUAGGCGUCCUCUCGAAAAGCCGGCGUGCCGUGGGGUGGGGUGGGGAGAGAAGUGGUUCUUUCCACAGAGGUCGUUUGUCUGUGCUGGGAGUGGGUCAGGACGAUUCCCCCUCUUCUCCAUUUCAUCUGGAAGCGUCUCAAACGCGCCGCAGCAGAGGCAGGGAAUUCACUCAGCCCCGAAAAAAACGAGGUCUCCCAGAGCAACGGUUCUUACGACCUCACAGCCAGGUCCUCUGCCAAAACCUCAGCUUGUGCUGCCAAGCCCCAGCAAGAAGAGAGAACCAGCAGCCAUCUCUAACUUGCCACCUAAGGCAUGGGCAGCAUGGAACUCAGCAGGAGCCUCUACCAUCCAGCCUGCAAAUAGGAGGAAGGCAGAGAUGCAGAGAAUGCUUGAAUAUGCCAAAAGCCUGCUAAAUCUGGCAGGAUUAAUUGGAGAGAAAACUAAAGCAGAUCAAGGUCAACUCUGCUUUGGUGGAGUCAGGGGCUGUUGCUAUUCAGACUAUCAACCUUUAAGCAUUAGAUGGAAAAAAAGAGUUCAUGGUCCUUAACUGAUUUCUCCAGCCCAAAUGCAGCUGCUGCAAUGCAGAUGCCUACCAAGAAAUGGAGGUCAAGUCCACACACUGCCAUUUCACUAUGGUACUUCAGCUCAGCUCAGAAUGGAUAGUACGAAGAAAGAGAUGCUGGAUCAGAAGCCUCUCUUGGAAGUACAAGUAUUACUCUCCAUGGAUUCUGCUCCGGAUAGAGUCAUGGAUGGAGGAGCAGGGGGACUUACAGGGAAAAAGAUACCCUGGGAAAUGAUCACCCCUGUUUGCAGCUUUGAAAAACUCUGAAUCAUUCAGCUUUUGGAGAGCAAUAAGUUUUGACCUGCUAUUUUAGCAUGCUACUAUGGUUGAUGCCUGAUCAUUUCUUUAAUUGCUGAAAAACGUGAUGAGCUACUGCCAAGAAUCUCAUAAGGAAGAUUAUCUACGAGCCAGUGAGGGCUUCCUCAUUUUUCAAGAAGGACAUUAAUAGUGAAAAAUUAAACAAUUAUAACUGAAAUGAAGGUCUUCUCAAAGAUACUAUCAGAAAUGCUAACAACAGGCAUGGUCAGAAGGUGAAUGCUGUGGGAAGCAGCAAAGGAUCUUUCUGCUGGUGGAAAUCUUGAUCUAUAUGCAGCAAACAAUUCAGAUUAUUGCUAUACUUUUGAGUGAUCAGAACUUGAGAGUAUCCGAUGAAAUAUCAGGUUCAUCUGUCAUUGCCUUACUGGAAUUUCUUUUAUAAUUAAGUUUUACUGCCAACAAUUUCAAUAGAUUUUACCCGUGAUAAAUGUGAGGCUGGCCCUUGGAGCAAUACCGCAAAGUGGGAAGAAAAGUGUGGGUAGUUCCAUCAUCUCAUCAUGGUGCUUCCACCUCCAGAUAAGCGCCAUGUGUGUCUUACUACCAUUGUUAUUAUGACCAGCAUGGCAUUCAUGGAUGCUUAUCUGGUAGAGCAGAACCAAGGGCCUCGUAAAAUUGGUGUCUGCAUCAUUGUUCUGGUAGGAGACAUCUGCUUUUUGAUUGUGCUGCGCUAUGUGGCCGUCUGGGUGGGGGCUGAGGUGAAGACAGCCAAACGGGGCUAUGCUAUGAUUCUUUGGUUCCUCUAUAUCUUUGUGCUGGAAAUCAAACUAUAUUUUAUAUUCCAGAACUAUAAGGCUGAUAAGAGAAAUCUGGAGACGGUGGCUAGAAAGGCACUGACCUUGCUUCUCUCUAUUUGUGUGCCAGGAUUGUACCUAGUGCUAGUAGCCUUGGACAGCAUGGAAUAUAUACGUACCUUCCGGAAGAAAGAGGAUUUGCGAGGGCGUCUCUUCUGGGUGGCCUUGGACUUAUUGGAUAUCUUAGAUAUUCAAGCCAACCUGUGGGAACCACAGAAGACUGGUCUGCCAAUCUGGGCAGAAGGACUCAUGUUCUUCUAUUGCUACAUAUUGCUCCUGAUCCUGCCCUGUGUUUCCUUGAGUGAGAUUAGCAUGCAGGGAGAGCAUAUUGCUCCCCAGAAAAUGAUGCUCUACCCUGUCCUGAGUCUGGUGACCAUAAACAUGGUUACCAUAUUCAUCCGAGCCAUUAAUAUGGUCCUGUUUCAAGACAGCAGAGUCUCUACAAUCUUCAUUGGCAAGAAUAUAAUUGCCAUUGCUACCAAGGUCUGCACAUUCCUAGAAUACAAGAAACAAGUGAAGGAGUUCCCACAAAAUGCCAUUGCACUUGAGCUCCAGCAGAACUCGGUGCCCCACAACCAGACCCUCCACAAUACACAAGGCCUUCCUCAUGAGCCAUCCCCCACCAGGGAGAUUUUGGACACAUGAUGAGCCUCUUCUUAGAUAUCAACAUUGGUUCUUGUUUGCUUGGGUGGAGAGAAGGGGCAAAGAAGUAAUACUGCUCUCAUCCCAGCAUAGAGAGCUGCUUCCAGCACAAGAUUUUAACAAAUGGAGGAACAUCCCCUGCAACUCAGGUAUUUCCAAGGGGCCCUCUGGAAAGAAAGCAAAACCAAUGGACCUUCAAAACAGAACCUCAUCCAUUCCAGCAUCUGAUCUUUUCUAUCUGUUUGUUACCUGUGCUUCAAAUUGUAAGGAAUGAAAAUUUGU